AUGGCGAUGAUGACUGGCCGUGUGCUGCUGGUGUGUGCCCUCUGCGUGCUGUGGUGCGGUGCCGGUGGAGGCGGUGCCGAAAUGAACGAGGAAGAAACGGCGGGUCUUGGGAGUGCUGAACAUCUGCCGGAAUCAGAAGCACCUGAAAAGUCCCCAGAAGGCACGCAAGACUUAAAAGGCGCAGUGCCAGGUGUUGUAGAGACAGUACCUUCCACAACCACAAGGAAAGAUGAAGAAGAUGAUGAUGAUGAUGAUAAAGGGACGGAAGAUGAAGAAGAAAAACCAAUAGGAAAGCAGGGUGAUCAAGAAGUAACAGUUACAUCAUACCCAAAUUCCGGGGAAAAGAAUUCAAGAGGCAACGAGCAGCAAACACGUCAGUCAAUUGUAUCUGCUGGGGACAUUCCUCAUUCCGGCAGUCAGGAAUCAAAUGCCAAUCCUACGCAAACGAAGAUAGAAAAAAAGAAGGAGACUGACGAAAAUACAUCUGCAGUAGAGAGUCCACUCAAAACAGUUAACAGGGAGCAAACACUGCCUGCUGGAAUUGUGGAAGGAAAUCCUCCAUCACCUCCAGAAGAAGGUGUUGAUUCCCGCGAACAGGAUGGCGAAGACACCAUGAGUGAAGAUAAAAAAAAUGUUCCGCCGCCUGACACUGCCGCUACAUCACAAGGCCACCAAGACGAAGGCUCAGAAGGGACUGGGGAAGAUACAAAAGCAACGACAGUAACCGCCAACACAACUGAUACGACGAAUACACAAAACAGUGACGGCAGCACCGCGAUACCCCACACCACCUCUCCUCUUUUUCUUGUUGUUGCGUGUGCGGCUGCUGCUGCGGUGGUGGCCGCGUGA